AUGCGACCCGAGAGCGACCGCAGCAGCAGCAGCAGCAGCUUGGAGCAGAGCGACGACACGGAGCGCGGCAGCCUCGACGCCAACCUGGGGCGCCGCCUCUCGCAGUCGCUGUCGCAGCUGUCCUGCAGCGCCAAGUCCGCGGUCUCGCUGAACCAGAUCAGCCACGUCGCCAUCCGAGCCGCGCACAACCGCGCCGAGCACCAGCACGGCCCCGUGGUGACCGUCUACGUCAUGGACGUCUUCCUACAGGACGUGCUGAAAGGAUUGCCCAAGUCUGCAGCGAAUCGGGACAAGCACAAGCGCACGUGGCGCCAGAAGCCCGAGAAGCGGAGCGAGCACGUCGACUACCAGGUGGAGCACCGCUACUCGUCCUUCCGGCUGCUGCGGCAGCGCAUCCUGAACGUUGUCAGCGCGCCGAGUGAGAGCGACUCCCACCCGCUGUGGUGUGCCUACUGCAGCCGCGUUUUGUGGCUGGUCACGGCGGGAGACUUCCCGUCGCCGUAUCCGAGCAAGGGCCCCGUGGCGACGUACACGGGCUGGAGACGACUACUCGUGCACUCGAGGAAGCACGGACUGGAGAAGUUCAUCAACGAGCUGCUGACUGCAACGAAGGACGUGUCGUACCGCUACAGCGCCGUCCAGUGCGAGCGCUACGCGACGGUGUCGGGGUUUCUGAACGAGUUCCUGGCGGAUCUGCACCUGCGGACUGCGCUGAGCUCGACCGCGCUGAGCUGUUGCUAG